UUCCAGCUCUGCUGUUUCAUCGUCGUUCUUCAGGUGUCUUUAGCGCUGCGGGAGGGACGAAUCUCUCCGACAGAGCUCUGCAGAAAAUGCCUGAAUCGCAUCAGGAAAACGCAGCACCUGAACGCUUACAUCACGGUGACAGAGGAGCGUGCUCUGGAGCAGGCUCAGCAGGCAGAACGCAGACUGCAGCGAGGUGUGCCCAAAGGUCCUCUGGAUGGAAUCCCAUUUGCUGUCAAGGAUAAUUUCUGCACGGAGAACAUCAGGACCACAUGUGCCUCCAGGAUGCUUCAAGACUACACUCCUCCUUAUAACGCCACAGUGGUCCAGAAACUCCUCGACCAGGGGGCCGUUUUAAUGGGGAAGACCAACAUGGAUGAGUUUGCAAUGGGUGCGGGCAGUACUGAUGGUGCUUUCGGCGCCGUAAAGAACCCCUGGGGUUACGCCGCGCCCUACAGAGAGCGGACGAAGGCAGACCCGGACUCGGACUGGGUCGUCACCGGAGGCAGUUCAGGUGGAAGCGCCGCAGCUGUGGCCUCGCUCACCACCGUUGUUCGUCUCUCCUGUGCUGCCCGUCAGGAGUAUCACGCCCCGGGCCUCUCCGAGGAGACUCUGGCCCAGUGGAGCAGCGUGGCCGACUUGUUUGAGGAAGCCGGAGCGCGGGUGGAGCGAGUGUCGCUCCCCCAUACGCAGUACUCCAUCGUGUGCUACCACGUCCUGUGCCACGCCGAGGUGGCGUCCAACAUGGCCCGGUUUGACGGCCUGGAAUACGGCCACCGCAGCCAGACGGACGGCUCGACAGAGGUCAUGUACGCCUCGAGCAGACACGAGGGCUUCAACGACGUCGUCAGAGGGAGGAUUCUGUCCGGGAACUACUUCCUGCUAAAACGGAACUACCAGCACUACUUUGUGAAGGCUCAGAAAGUUCGCCGGCUCAUCGCGAAUGACUUCCAGCACGUGUUCAGCUCUGGUGUCGACGUGCUGCUGACGCCCACCACGCUGACGGAUGCGGCUCGUUACCGCGACUUCACUCAGGAAGAUAACCGAACGCGCAGCGCACAGGAAGACGUCUUCACGCAGCCCGCCAACAUGGCAGGUCUCCCUGCAGUCUCUGUGCCGACGGCUUUGUCGAGACGGGGCCUUCCCAUUGGCCUGCAGCUCAUAGCUCCCGCUCUCCAAGACCGGAAGCUGCUCAGCGUGGCCCAGUGGAUCGAGCAGAGGGUUGGUUUCCCCUCCAUCAGUGACUUUGAGGACUCGGGGAUGACGAGACGGGAGCUGCGUGAGGAGCUUGAAGCUUCUCCGUUACCUUGACCGUCACAGCUGACUUUAUUGUCGUGCUAAUAAACACAAGCAUUUGUUCUAA